AUGACCUUUACCAACACCUACCAACCAAUCAUAACCGCGGAGGAUGAUAUCAAAUCCGCCCAGAAACGACGCAUCAUCUACAUCCGGCCCUUCCUUCUCUUCUGGCUCAACUCCCUGGUCGCCGAAACCAUUUUCCUCGCCGUUGGCGUAUUCGUUAUGACCGGAACCGCGGAUCUGUUCUACAAAGUCAUGUGGACUCUCAUCUUCUGUCCGCUGGGCAUGGGCGGGGCAAUGGGUGGCUUGAUAGACUACUUCAUUGUCGACCACUACUAUGGGAAAAAAGCGGCUCAUUUCACCGGUAUCCUAUCGCUACUGAUUCUCAGCGCGUGCAAUUAUCUUUGCUACAACCUGGAUAGGCAUUUUGGGUGGUUUGGGGCCACAGAACACCCGAUGUGGUUCCACUGGCGGUACCCGAUGAUCUGGGCGGUUGGGUAUUAUAAUGGUUUGCUACUAUUCACAGAUGAAGGACAGAAAAAGCUUGCUAGGAUAGGACUAUGA